AUGGCCGCCGACGAGGCGUCCGUCGUCGAGGGCGAGCUCCAGAAGGUCGUCGACCGCAUCGCCGCCCAGGAGCGCCUGCCGACCCUCCAGUCCGACCUCGUCCUCCUCGCCGUCAUCUCUAUCCUCCUGGGUUACUUCAUCGUCGAGCAGCAGCGCUACUGGACGCGCUUCCCCAACGACCACGUCCGCUUCAAGCUCCUCGCCGCCUGGCUCGCCUUCCUCGAGGCCAUGUUCUUCGCCAUCCGGUUCGCCGCGACCUGGAUCACGACCUCGGACGCCGUCCUCGGAGGCGCAGGAGAACGCCCCGGCUUCUUGACGAUAUGGAGUACCGUCGUCACCACCCUCAUCGAGGCGACCGUCGAGGGCUUCUUCGUGUGGCGCCUGUGGACCGUCACCAAGAAGUGGUGGAUGCGCUACAUCUCGGUCUUCCUGUGGGCCUUCUCGUUUGUCGCGCACGCCGUCUGGGUCGGCAAGGCCGGCGCGGCGGGACGGUCCAACAUCGUCGACGACGCCGACCAACUCGUCGCCGUCAUCACGAGCUUCUGGGGCACCUUCGCCGAGGGCACGUUCGUCGCACUUUGCCUGCUGUACGAGCUGCAGUUCGCCGAGGACCGCAAGAUCAUCAAGCGCAACCGCAAGUCGACGGCCGUCGGCAGGCUCUUCAGCCUCGCCAUGCGCACUUCUGGGAUCCUCGUCGUCUUUGAGCUCAUCGUCGCCAUCGCCGUCACGAUCCAGUCCCAGCCUCGACGAGCCCUCCUCAUCGAGGUCGAGUUCGCCGCCUGCAUCUACACCGUCCUCGCCGCCAUCAUCGUCCUCUUUACGCUCAACUGGCGCGCCACGAUUCGGGCGCCGGGCGACGGCGGACUCGGACCUGGCCCGAGAGGAGGAGGAGGAGGAGGGGCAGCCGACGACGCGACGAGGGGCGACGUCCUCACGCCGACGUUCUUGCGCAGUGUGGCGAGGGGCGGACCGACGACGACGUUCGAGCCGGGCCUGCAGGCCGACGAGGUGCGAGGAGCGGGCGAGGGAGAGGCGCCGGUCGAGGAAAUGGACGAGCGGCCGGCUCGUGCGGCGGACGAGGCGGCGAGCGCUCCGGCGGGUGCGGCGGUCGGGCACUUGCAGACGAGGGACGCAGGGACGACGAUGCGGCGGCGGUGGAGCCAGGACCAGCCGGGAGGAGGCGGUGCGCUCGUUGAGGGCGACGACAAGGGCGAGCCCUCGCCCACCGAAUCUGGCCCGUCUGCCGGGUCGUCGUAA